CGACGACAGAGCCUUUCCGGGGAACGCUCGUCGUGUCGAUGACACUUUUUGAAACCAGCCGGCCGGAUGCUCGCACCGUAUGCACACACUAUUUCCUCCCCCAAAACAUCUCACUCACCCUUCAACCCACGGGCCAGCGAUCUCAGUCGGCAGCACCCAGACAAAAUCCAAGAUCAACAGACAACCUCGCAGAAACAUGUCUCUUAACAACGGCUACUUGGGGCCCUACUACGACGAGUACGGAUGCUACUGGGUGAACUACGCCACCGGACACCGUUCGUACCAGAUGGUGGGGGGGAGCCCUCACGUGAGCCCCAUGCAAGCUCCGAUGCGAGGCCAGCAGUUCGGCAUGAGUCCUCCGCAGCUCGGCUACACCCCGCCGUUCCGUGCUCAAGGCGUCGCCGCCACGCCCAUCCUCCCUCCUCUCGCGCUGGGUCCCAGCCAUGCAGAGGCGGCUGUGCCCACUCGUAGGUGGGAGGAACUCUACGACUCCCGGGGCAACAAGUACUGGGUGAACACCGUCACUCGCCAGGCAACUAAUAUUGACCCUUACAUUUGAUCCGUCUCGGAGCGGGGGGUUGUGAUCAUAAGAUGGCCGGGUGCUGAUCGCGCGACUCCGCAAACUGUACGGCGGGGGGGGUUGGAUGAUGGCCGUGCGGCUUUCGUCCUAUCAGGGGAAGGCAUUGCUUUGUGCUAUCAUGUAGUAAGGAGACUCAAAUACCACGCCGCAUCGUCUCAACCUUGGUGUCUGGUAGCGAAAGGCUGUUCAACCGGUUUAUUCGACCACGAACCCCUACCAAAGGAUAUCGAAAUUACAUGUUGUUGUUGAUGUUGUUGUUGUUGCGUCUUUAGCUCUGACCGAGUGUCCCACGCAUUUUGUAUCCAUGGCUUGUUGUAUUAGGGGAUGUUGUGUUAGGUGGGAUAUGUUGUUUUAGCGCGUGCGUGAUGAUCAAGAUUUGACAGCGUUUUGAAACAACAUGUAGCCCGUCUGUUGUUGAUAUUUGGUAUCCCUGUACGUAGGGAAAGCACAGACAUGUGUUAGAAACAUAUAUGUACAGGUGAAAUAGCCAACAGCGACACACGUUGCCAUCGAUACUCUUCAAGUAGUGCAAAGCACAUCCAGUGAGUGAGGUGGAUACAAUGUUGAUGCGAGUUCACACACCUUUUUUUUAUUGAUUGACAUCAACCUGGUAGGCGUUUAAUUGUUGGCAGAGAAAGGGUCCUUUCGAGCGAACAAGAUGCAAGUUACCUACCGGAGUCGUUUACAGCAUGCAUGCGCUGCUGCUGUUGGUUGCACGCACCCCGCCCCGAGGAUGUUGUUGUGCAACAGAGGGCAUGCUGUUUUGAGAAUGCCCGCCGAUGAUGCUAUCGUGUGCGCGUGUGCCUUGAACUAUUAUAGAUGUCAUGCUUCUGUUUACUCGGAAACGCUUUCUGGCAGAGUACUACGGUUCGCCGUACCGUGUAGUUCGGGGGGAAGAGGAGCAGGGGGUUGGUGGAGGCAGGUGCAUGCGAUGCGAUGGGAGCGUAGAGGUUACCUUUUCUGAAGAUAUUUAGUUUGAGUCUGUACAUAACGCCGAGGAGAGCUAAUUUGCAUGCUACAAGCUAUUAUUCUGUACAUUGAGGGGUAACAACACGCAACUGUAUAUACUACAACUGAGGGAAAUGUUUGUUGAAACGACCUCAUUCGGUAUCAAAGAGGGCGUCAAAACGGCGCGGGAGGUUCUUUCCCCGAGUCAAGGGAAGACGCUCUGCCCCUUCGAUGCUCAAUUUGGUGGUGUUUACACUACUAGUUGAAUACGAGUGAUUUGUUUUUGGCAUUGGGUGUUUUUUGGUUUUUGGUUUUUGGGGGCGCAACAUUUCAACAGGUUGGAUGUGGUUUGUUUUGUUUUGGGUAUUUUUUUACCGUUUUGUUUUGGGGACGCAAUAUGGCCAACCCACGAGAAUGGAACUCCUGCGAAAGGCAGGAGGUAGAAGGAGUGGAUCGUGGUUGCCAGAGCUACAAACAUAGUGUUAAUAGUUGAUUCUCUUCGCAGCUAGUUGGUUCGCUCGAUCUCUUUGUCGACAACGAGAGGAACUGAGAACCAAAUGCAUGCACGUCCGAUCGCGGUGGGUAUCCGAGCGGGCUUGUGUUCUUCUUAUUGAAGGCCUUGCGCUAAGGACUCUAGACUAUGUAGGGAGGCCGACUGGGGACGAACGCAUCUCACCCCACAAAAACACUGUGGGAUCAACACCAAAACCGGCGAGGAUCGCACCUCCUUGAGCUCGUGUUUGUUCAGAAGACACGCACGGUGUUAGCCCAUGUAUCCGUUGGUCUAUAAACCACUUUAUCUUCGAAAGAUCAGAGUCACUCCAGGGGAGGAAGAAAAGGUUCAGUGGUUGAUCAUGCGGUUGGCAGCUGCGAAC